AUGCGUUCCUCAGCAUCUAUCGCGGCGGUGGCCCUUGCGCUAUUGCAAGGUACCAAUGCCAUGAAUGCGGCCAUUCAACGCAAGUUUAACCUGCUUGCCGAUAUGGGCAUGAACCCUGAUGGCACGCCAAUGGCCACACUCGACAACCCUGAGAUCGACUUCACGGCUCUCAAAUCCCUCAAGGUUGCGACUACAGCCGAUAGCACGGUCGUAGCUGCCGCUAAAGCGGAAACCAUCACCCCGGAAUAUGUCGAACUUCCCAUUGACAACUUCGCCCAGAAGAAGAACCAGGAUUAUUCCUACCAAGGUACCUUCUUCAACAGGUACUGGGUUGCCACGAGCGGGUACAAAGCUGGUGGUCCCAUCUUUGUCUACGACGUGGGCGAGGCGAACGCAGAGCCAAAUGCUCUCUUUAGGUUGCAAAACGAGACAAGUUUCUUCAAGCAGCUUGUGGAUGAGUUUGGCGGCAUUGGAAUUGUGUGGGAGCAUCGCUUUUAUGGAAAUUCGACACCUACACCCAUUGACGUUAACACGCCACCCGAGGCAUUCGAGUUCCUGACGACGGAGCAAUCGCUGGCAGAUGUUGAUCGCUUUGCGAAGCAGUUCAAGAGGACGGGUAUCAACGCUACACUUACACCCGACAAGACACCGUGGGUUUUCGUGGGUGGUUCUUACCCCGGCAUGAGGGCUGCUUUUAUGCGUAACAUGUACCCCGACACUAUUUACGCGUCGUGGGCCUCCUCAGCCCCCGUCGAGGCUUCCGUUGACCAGAGUUUCUACUUUGACCCUGUGUGGCGCGGUAUGAACGCAAAGGGUUUCGGCAACUGCUCUGCCGAUAUUCAAGCUUCCGUCCGCUACAUGGACAAGAUCAUGGAUUCUGACCAGAGUGCAGCUGCGAAGCUGAAGGAGCAAUUCCUUGGUCUUGGAGCCGCGAAGAACUCGCAUGCUACUUUUGCUGAUGCGCUCACCACCAUCUUCUACGUAUGGCAGUCUUACGGUAUGGAAGGUGGAGCGGCGGGUCUGCGUCGCUUCUGCGAUUUCAUCGAGACGGAUCCCAAGACGAAUGCUACUGCACCCAAGGAGGGCUGGGCGAAGAGCAAGGGUGCCAAGUGGACCACGGACCGAUGGGCGAGCUUCCCUGCUUUCCUUCCCAAUGUCAACAGCUAUCUUGAGACAGAGUGCUCAGGAAAGCUCAACACAACUGGUGAUUGUGAUCUGAACCACAAGUUCACGGAUCCUGCGAUGAUUAGCUGGACCUGGCAGUACUGCACACAGUGGGGGUAUUUCCAAUCCGCCAACCUUGGCCCUCAACAACUCGUCUCAAAGUACAACUCUCUCCAACACCAACAUGACAUCUGUCACCGCCAAUUCCCUGAUGCUCCACGUUCCCUCUUCCCAGACUGGCCAAACACUUCGCGCACCAACAAGGUGUUUGGGGGCUGGGACAUCCGCCCCUCAAACACGUACUGGUCGAACGGUGAAUUUGACCCGUGGCGCACCCUAUCCCCUGCUUCUGCUGAGCCCUUCGCCCCCAAGGGCGUGCAGGUCAUUCAGGAUGUACCCAAGUGUGGAAAGAAGACUAGUAAGCAUGAGUUGUUUGGGCUGGUGCUGAGGGAUGCGGAGCAUUGCUUUGAUUUUAGGACGACGGGUAUUACGGUCGCGGAUGGACCGGUCAGCCAACGCUUGUUCAGGAGCGCACUGACGAGCUGGUUGCCGUGUUACAAGCCGAAGAAGGGGCACUCGAAGCCGUGGAAGGGAUAG